UUAUCUGAGGCGCGUGCGGUGGCCACCCCAGCCUAGUACUCUUCUUGGUGCCACUGGCUAACUAGGUUGAGAAACCGGCGCCACAGGCGGCACACCUGGCCCGGAGCUGGCCCGCUCCUCCCCGCCGAGCCGGCGCCCCAAGAACGCGCCCUCUAGUCCGGCCCCCGGCCCUGGCCGUGAGGGAGCGCUGUGGGGGCGCGCUGCCUUCUGCCUGGAAGUGUUGGGCAGGUGGUGGGAGAGCCUCAGGCUUGAACAACAUGAUUUUAAAGCACGUGUCUGUCUGUCGUUUUUUACUUUUAGGGUUUUGGCCAAAUUGGGCGAGGGCACAAAAUAACCACUUACCCCUUCUCACCGAGGAAGAGCGGGAGAAAGGGUAUGGCACAGUCACAAGGGUGGGUGAAAAGAUACAUCAAGGCCUUUUGUAAAGGCUUCUUUGUGGCGGUGCCUGUGGCAGUGACUUUCUUGGAUCGGGUCGCCUGUGUGGCAAGAGUAGAAGGAGCAUCGAUGCAGCCUUCUUUGAAUCCUGGGGGGAGCCAGUCAUCUGAUGUGGUGCUUUUGAACCACUGGAAAGUGAGGAAUUUUGAAGUACACCGUGGUGACAUUGUAUCAUUGGUGAACAAGCAGCAGGAGCUAAUGGACCAUAAGAGGGAAAUUUGUUGUUUAAACAAUGAUUAUCUUUUAUAUUUGGCUAACAUGAAAAGGGGAAAGUACACUUUUUCUGUCACACCACAUGAGAAGGUAAAUGGAUGAGAUUUAGAGACAGAAUUUACCUGAAAAAAAUUUAUACCUGUCUUGUGAGUUGGAAAUAAAGUUACCUACUCACAAGACAAAAUUGUAAAAUGUGCCUAUAUCAAGCUAUGUUUUGUCAAGUCACAAAAGAGGUCCUGUGGCAGGUUGGGUUCCCUAGAAGCAGACAUUGAGAUGGAGUUUGGGGUGUGAGAUGUAUUUUAGGGAUCAUCCCUGGGGAAAGGAAGAAGGAAGAUACAGGAUUGAGCAGGGGAGGAAGCCAAACUGUGAGGCAGGCCUGACAGAACCCCAGACAAGCCAGUGGGGCCCUCAGACAGUGUGGCCUUCAGAGUUGUCUCAAGUUACCCCUGCCCUGUCUGAGGAUGUCGAAUACCCCAAGGGAGGGCGGUUCUCUGCAGCUGUGGCGAUGUUGAAGUCUACUGACCUGGCGGCUGUCUACUGACUGCACUGCCCAUAUAUGGGCCAUGAGUGAGUGCUUCUUUGAAGGGGGAUCUGGGUGAUGCAUAUUGUUGUCUACAUAGGUCUUAUUUUGUGACUAUCAGGGAAAUUUUGCAAUUUUAUCCUUAUAUUUAUAAUUCCCCAAUGUACAUCAUUUUUCUAAGCCAAGUAUUCUGUAAGAAUUAACAUUUUACAGAUUUUAGACAUGUUCAAGACACCUUUUAACAUCCUUAUUUUAUUUGUUUAGUGCCCUUAGGAUUAUAUAGGCUGUAUUAGCCUCUAGCACAAGCAUACCUUUUUAUAUUCAAAAUUCAGAGCAGAUUGUGGCCCUUCAUAGAGAGUUAAGGUUUUUCUUAAUAGUUAUAUGGGCAUUUAGGGCCAAACAUAUCUUUGUUUUUUAAUCAUUUGACAAUGAUUUCAAGCUUAUAGAAACAUUGCAAGAAUAGUACAAAGAACUGAUAUGAUUUUCACUCAAAUUUUCAAUAUUAAGAUUUUAUUAUAGUUGCUUUAUCAUAUUCUCUCUCUCUCUCUCAAUCUGUCCUCCCUCUCCUCUUACCAUUACACAUUAUUAUUAUUUUGAAGUUUUUUUUUGGCUUGAGAGUACAUUGGAGACAUGAUGCCCCAGUACUCCCUUAGUACUUCAGUGACUAUUUUCUAAAAAUAAGGACAUUUCCCUACAUAAUCUCAGUAUAACCACCAAAAUAGGAAACUAGUAUUGAUACAAUAUUACCGUCUAUUACACAGAUUCAAUUCAUAAUUCACUAACUGUCCCAAUGAUGUUCUUUAUAUGUCCAGAAUCUAAGCCUUGUAUUUAGCUGCCCUGGCUCUUUGCUCUCCUUCAAUCUGGAAUCUUCAUUAAUCUUGCCUUAUCUUUAAUGAUUUUGACAUUUCUGAAGAGUACAGCUAUGUUUUGUUUCUCUACUUGGGUUUAUCUGAUGUUUCCUUAUGAAUAAGUUGUUAUUUUGGGCAUUAUUACCACAAAAGCGAUGCUAUGUUCUCAGUUCCUCAUGUUAAAAGGUGUGGUUCAAGCUUAUCUUGUACUUUUCUUGCCCCAGCCCUGGCGCUACCAAAGACUUCUGGUUUCUUUUAGUGGAUGCUAAGGUUGCUCUUUGCUACUGGGUCUAAGGUUGCUCUUUGCUACUGAGGUGUCUUUGCUUCUAGAUCUUUUCAGUGAACAAACCUAGGAAAUAUAGAUUUGCACAUUAUAUGUAUAUAUGUAUGUACAUAUAUGCAUGUACAUACAUAUAUUGAUAUGGCUUGGCUGUGUCCCCACCCAAAUCUCAACUUGAAUUGUAUCUCCCAGAAUUCCCAUGUGUUGUGGGAGGGACCCAGGGGGAGGUAAUUGAAUCAUGGGGGCCAGUCUUUCCUGUGCUAUUCUCGUGGUAGUGAAUAAGUCUCACGAGAUCUGAUGUGUUUAUCUGGGGUUUCUGCUUUUGCUUCCUCCUCAUUUUUCUCUUGCCACUGCCAUGUAAGAAGUACUUUUCGCUUCCUGCCGUGAUACUGAGGCCUCCUCAGCCAUGUGGAACUGUAAGUCCAAUUAAACCUCUGUUUGUUCCCAGUUUCGGGUAUGUCUUUAUCAGCAGCAUGAAAACGGACUAAUACAUAUGUACAUUACAUGUAUAUAUGUAUGUACAUAUAUACAUAUACAUCUCCAUCUAUCUAUCUAUUGAUCAGUGAUUAUCUAAAAAUAUAUGUUCCCACUGAUCUCCUCAAUUCCAAACGACAGGGUUUAUUCUUCCUUCCCCUUUUUGUACUUGUAGGUUCCUUCUCCAACAUUAGAAAACCUGGCUCCCAUUAUCCUCAGUAUAUUUAUUUGCUUGCCCAAUUUCCCCUUUUUAUACUUAAUUUUACAGCUAUAUGGGUCAUCUCCUUGACCUCAACCCACUAUCCCCAGCCAACUGGUUGAAUAUUUGGUCCCGGUCUUGCUGUCUGUGCCAGCUAAUUUCUCAGUCCUAACCAAGGGUAACCGGCCCAGAUACUUCUUGUUUCCUAGCACUUUUAUUAUUUUCUUUUAGAUAUAAAGGGCUGUAUGGACUCUAAAAGUGAUUUGGCUGAGCAGCUAGCAUUUAGUAUGGGUUAUAUCAUAAAACAAAUUUCUAUUAAAAAUGGGGUUAUUUAGUAUUUUAGUGUUUUUUUUUUCUUUUUUAAAGACGGAGUUUUGCUCUGUCUCCAGGCUGGAGUGCAGUGGUGUGAUGUUGGCUCACUGCAACCUCCGCCUCCUGGUUUCAGGUGAUUCCCCUGCCUCAACCUCCUGAGUAGUUGGAACUGCAGGCACGCGCCACCAUGCCUGGCUAAUUUUUUGUAUUUUAGUAGAGAUGAGGUUUCAUCAUGUUGGCCAGGGUGAUCUUGAUCUCCUGACCUCGUUGUCUGCCCACCUUGGCCUCCCAAAGUGUUGGAAUUAUAGGCGUGAGCCACUGCGCCUGGCUGUAUUUUAGUUUUUGUAAAAAAAAUUAUUAUUCUAGAUGUGAAUGACAGAACUUUAGUGCUUAGCUUAAGAUUCUGUUAUGCAAGGCAAUAACACUGGCAUACAUGCUAGCCAUUUUUGAUGUUAAAGAUAGUUUAUGAAUAAGAAACCAUCUAUAUUGUUAAGGCAGGUUUUUCUUUGGUUUCUUUUGGAUUUAUUUUUUGGCAGCUUGAUAAGCAAUAGCUAAAACGAGUUCUUGUUGAACCUUGUUUAUUGGUUUGCAAUAAUGAGAACAGUUAUUGAGUCCAAUAAUUUUGUGCUUUUAUUUUCAAGUAACAAAGUGUUCUUAUUUUGUGAUGAUACCACAGAAAGCUAGUUUAAAAGCUAGUUUUAAAGGAUCUGUAGCUUGAGAGGUUAUAAUUUAGAAUGGAGACAUGGUGGUCAGAGGAAAUCAGCCAAAGUUAAAAGCCUUUUCUGUGCCAUUGCAUCUGUAACCAUCCUCAAAGUACUCUGCACUUUAUGUCACAAAAAAGCCUCAAAUCCUGUGGGUAAAUGUUAUCUGCAGGAACCUCAUCAUUUUUGAAAACAGUGCUUUUAUCCUUAGAGUGUUUGAACAAGAAAUACAAAUAAUACUAUUUUCUUUUCUUUUUACAGGACAACAGAUAGAAGUAUUCUUCUGCUAUUUUUGAAUAAGUGCUAUGUGAUAUAAGAAGCAAAAUCAAAUUUAAAAUUAAUGGAUGGUGAGAUAGAAACUUAUGGUAUUAUCUUGUUCAAAUCUCUUUUGCCUCUUUUGUGAAACAGUCAUUCUCUUCUUUUUGUGGGGUUAUUUUAUGCCUAAUUUUCUUUUACAAGGUAAAAUAUAAUUGCUUGUCAGCUAAUAGUUUAUGGCACAGAUAUUUUUGCCAAACACAUUAAAGGUAGAUCUUGGUUAUACAUAACCUUUAAGGAACACAGGGAGCACACAUGAUAUGGACAGAGCAGUUGAUGGGCAGUGAUUAUGAUUGCACAGGGAAGGGGAGUGAAGGCUCGUGUUAUUCUUUUUCUUUAAAUGUAUUUACAGUUUAUCAUGAGUCUUUUAUGAGUUUUCAUGUCCUUGUCUGCUGUAACUUUACUUGCUUCUUAUCCAUUCCCUCUCUCUGUCUGCCUUUGUCUCUCACAUACAUUCAUUCACACACACCCAAAUACACAUACCUUCACACUUGAAUUUGAGUAGCUGGCAUGCUUAGAAAUAUUCUCAAAUGGGGGUUACAUAGGGCCAAUGUAUAUAAAUUGGUGUACCUUUAUGUAUAUAUGUAUUUGUAUAGUCACACACUCUAUUUUCAAAUAGAAAACCAGUCAUACAAAGUAUUUGCCUUAUCUUAAACAUUCAGUUUAUGUUUGUUAAGUGAAUGAAUGUAUGAGUCUAAAAAGAGCAAUGAUAUUAAGGAUUGGGGAAAACUGGGCAUAGGAAGGAUUACUCAUGGGGAAGUUAUUUAUUCGGCAAAGAUUGACUUGUCUAGAUUGUUAUAUCAGGUUAUUUAUCAAUCAUGUGGAGCAGGCUGGGAGUGGUGGUUUAUGCCUAUUAUCCCACUGCUUUGGGAGGCUGUGGUGGGAGGUUUGUCUGAGGCCAGGAGUUCAAGACCAGCCUGGACAACAGAGUGAGACCCUGUCUCUUAAAAAAAAAAAAAUUAGCUGGGAGUGGUGGCAUGUGGUUGUAGUCCUAGCUACUCGGGAGGCUUAAGCCCAGGAGUUGGAGGCUGCAGUCCAGCCUGGGUGACAGAGUAAGACCCUGCCUCUAUUAAAAAAAAAAAAAUUCAUGUGGAGCAAUUGGUAGGUUGAGUUUAUUCCUUCACCCUGCCUUACUGAACCAAAUCUUAUUUCUGAUUAGUAGAGGGUAAGUGGAUAAUUAAUUGAGAUGUACACAUAUGUCAUUGGAAAAGAUAAAUUAUGCCUUAGAUGAAGACAGUGACCUGGGUAUGGGAUCAGAUAUUUGUAAUUUUUUUCCUUUUCCAUCAGCUUUUUUUAUGGCAGCUCAUUUUCUGUCUUAUGACAGCCAAGUAACUCAGUAGAGUAAAAUGACUUUUAUAUGGUAGAAACCACAAUGAACCACUCAGGACAUUUGCCUUUAAAAACAGCAAUAAAAAGAUCAAACAUUCUCUAGUUACAACUUUAACAUUUUACCAUUUGGAGUGAUACUGCUAGUCCUGUCAAUGAAAAGGACCACUUGGCAUCUUUUUGGAGUAUCCGAAUGUGUGGUUGCGGACUCACUUCGGCCUAGGGUAGUGCUUUGGGUCUUGUACAGGAUUUUCUGAACCACUUUUCUAAUGUGCCCAAAUUGUAGAGAACAGGAUACUGCUUCCCCUGCUGCUUUCCUGAAUGUCAGCAUCUUUUUCUCUUAUAAAGGGCAAAUUGCUGUAUUGAAAGGAGUAUAAGCAAUGCAAAUCCAAGAUUUGGUUAAUAGUUCAGGUUAGGGUACCAACCACUUGACUUUCUUACCCCCUUUUUGCUUAAAUGCCACUUGUCAGUGAGGCCUUCUUUGGCUAUCUUAUUCAAAACUGUACCCUUGCCCCCCCACCUCCACCUUGCCUUAUUUUCCCAGUAGUACCAUUUGACAUAUACAUUUUAUUUAUUACACGUCUUCCCUAUAAGACAGAGGUUCAUGAGGGUAGGGCUGCUGAAAUCCCAGUGCAUUGCACAAAAUAGGCAUUUGUUCAUUAUUGGUUGAUGAAUAAGGCCUUACAGAACCCACCUAAUUUUUCUAAAAAUUCAUUUCCUCAAGUAUAAAAUGGAAGUGUUAGGAAGUACUUUGUGUGCUGUAAUAUACUUUAUAAGGUGUUUUGUCAUUAUUAAUCAAGUUAGAAAUUCUAAAUUUAGUACAAUUUAUGUAUUUCCUAACUUUAUCCAGUUAAAAAAAUACAUAAAAUGUAAAUAUGUAAAAAGUAUGUAAAAUGCUCUUUUUGAAAUGAAUGGGGACAACUCCAAAGCUGCCUUUUUGGCCCCAGUUCUGUUUACUGCUACGUGACUCAUUUUCACUUGUUUAUGAAUCAUAUUUUUUGCUUGCUGCUUAAGAGAUUCCUUAGCUAGAGGCCAAAUGGAGCAGUGAUUGGCUGAAGAGACAAAAGAUUGUUUACCUAUUAUACAAAGGCCUUCAGGAUCUCCUUCUUUCUGUCUUCUUUCAGUAAUAGAGGGGCAGUGCUGAUAGAGUGCAGCAAGGCCCAGUUUCUGCCCUACAAAGUGCUUUAGGAGUUUGGGAGAAGUAGGAAUGAAUUGUGACUUGGAGUGGGGACCAACCUUGACAACGUACUCAAGGCCCGAGAUACAAAGCUGAAUUCAGCAAUCUCUACCUGAUUUCCUAGUGGAGAUACAAUUCCCCCUCCUCCCCCUCUUCUCUUCCUCAUCCUCCUCCUCCUCUUCCCUCCUCCUUCUCCUCUUCCCUCCUCCUUCUCCUCUUCCCUCCUCCUCCUCCCUCCUUUCUCUUCUCUCCUUUCUCCUCUCUCCUUUCUCCUUUCUCCUCUCUCCUUCUCUCUCCUCUCUCUUCUCUCCUUUCUCCUUUCUCCUUCUCCUUCUCCUCCUUUCUCCUCCUUCUUCUUCAUCAUUUAGAGAUGGGGGCUCUCACUCUGCCACCCAGGCUGGAGUGCACUGGUACAGUUAUGGCUCAUUACAACCUCAAACUCCUGAUCUCAAAUGUUUCCCCCACCUCAGUGUCCUGUGUAGCUGGCGUUGAAGAUGUGAGCCACCUCACCUGGCUGGGAGAUACAAUUAAAUAACUAAUUAUAACCAAGUGCUUAAUUGAGAUAUAAAUAAGACACAAGAGCAUAGAUGAGGCAGUGAUACUGAAAUGUAACUGGACAGGUCAGAGAAAACUUCCUUGAUAAGGUGACAUAUAAACUGAAUAUUCAUGGGCUUGAACAUAUAAAAGUGGAAGGAGGGGGAUUUCAGGAGGGGCAGAGUGAGAAAAAGGAAAAUGAAAAAGAAAGAGGCAGAAAAACUUAGUGCAUAUUUUAGUUUGUCACUAGGGUUUUUCGAGGUUCAAGGUGAGAUUUUGAUUAUUGAAUCCUCCACCUACCCCUCCUGCCUUCUGGGAUUCUGGACUGAUGCAUUAUUUAUAAAAAUGUAUAGAAGCCAACAGGGAAAUAAAGUACUGUUUAAAAGGUGGACAAAUGCUGGAUAGCCCUCAAUGUCUGACUUUUUCAAUGAGGAGUGUUGAACCAUGAGUCUUGAUUUUGUAGGCUUAGAUCGGUUUUCUGGUCCAGUGAAGCCCAGUACUCUUCACUCAUUCAGUUGUAGGUGGAGACACUGAAGCAGAGUAGAGAUGAGGAUGGGCAGGCCGAGAGAUUCUUUUUAGUCACACAAAAUAAUUAUGACCACUCAGCCUGGAGGACCAGAUCCUGCCUAGGCAUGCCUGCCACUCCCAGAAACAGGCAGAGUAGAGGUCCGGGGAGUCUGGGCUCAUUUCUUUAAAGCACAAUAACUUCAUCCAAAAGGUUUAAACUGUGGCAAAGUAUGAUAACUAUGACUCUUGCCUUGGGAAGGAACUAAUUAGGGUUAUAUAGACAGGAGAGAAACCCUCUUUAUUCUCUUCAGUCUCUCUACUUCACAUGUGCAUAGAUAGAAACCGUAGAGAGAUAUGUGGGUUUCCUGUCCCCAGUCACUCUAGUCUACAUUUUCUUCCUCCAUGACUAAUGGCAAUCAUUUCUCACAGGUUUAUUUUUUGUGUAGUAGAGUAGAGAUGACUGGCCACAGAGUAGACUAAAGAUGACUCUCCCCUACCUGGAUGAAUCUGUGUCCUUGGCUUUAGAAUAUUUGCUAUAAAUAUUAAAUCCUUGGAAGUAUGGAACCACAUUUGCAGCUACUGUUAGCCAAAGGUGCCCGGUAAUUACUGUAUAACCCGAGUAAUAUUUUAAUACAGAACCUAGAGUUCUUACCUGCUUCUGAAUUUAUCUUUGUCUCUUGAGCCACCUUCACUUUCAUUUCUGGACGAAGAGGUGUUCUUUCUUCUGUUCAGGGUUGCCUGUCCAUCUGUGUUCUAGGUCUUCUCUCCCAGUUCCUCAGGCUCUUGCUCCAUUAGUCAUUCCAUUUCUUGCCCCUUUAAUCAGCUUUUCUGUACUGAUUGCUUUUCUGAGCUUUUGAACAUGCUUAGGUCUCUCUCAUGUCCAAAAUAAAAAAUGACAAUACCCCAAACCAUCCCUUGAUUCUGUGCUCACUACUUUAUUAUUUUUUUAUUAUAGUUAAGAUUUUAGAAACAGUUGUUUAUACUUGGUCUUUCUUGCCUCUCCUUUGCUCUUUUGCCUUUUGGAGUCUUUGGCCGUCCUGCUUGUUCCUACCAUUGGGAUCGCCUUCAUGAAGGUCAUCAGUGAUCUCUGACUUGCAAAAUACUUUUUGAUUUUUUUUCUGGCAUUUUGUAUACUUUUCAAUGCUUCUCUGAAAUUAUGUACUUUUCUUUUGUAUUUGAUUCUAUUGAAUGUUACUUCCUUAAAAAGUUCUUCUGUUUUGGUUUUUGUGAUUCUACUCUUUAUGAAUUUUUCUUGUUCAUACAUGGCUAUUUGUUAGUGAACUUGCUGUCUAUCCUCUCUCUCCUUUUCAGAAUUUUUGUGUCACUGUUCUGUCUUGGACCCUUGAGCUUAUCACUCUACAACCUCCUGGAGCAAACCCUUUUACGGGUCUGCUGCUAAUUCCAUAUUCUCUAGCUUCAGCUUAGGCAUUUCUGUUACACUUCAGAUCGUGACAUCCAAUUGCUUCCCAAACAUUUCCACUUAAAUAACCUACACGCACUUCAUACUUGAUACAUUUGAUGAUAAUAAAAGUGUUCCUCUUUCCUGUUUGCUAUUUCAAUGGGUGAUAACAGCCUUUCCUCAGUUUCUCAAACCAGAGAGUUGGUAAGCAUUUCCAACUUCCAUUUAGCUCAUUGUAGUAUAACCAGCAUGGUACCUGCAUAUCCUAGGCAUGCAAUAAUGAUGUGUUUGAAUGAAUGAAUGAAUGAACAAAUGACUUCUCUCUUACUCCUUAUACUCAGUCAGUCACCAAGUCCUGCAUCUUUUCUUUCUUCUCUUGAACUUUUCUCUUUUGUUCUUCUCCAUUCUUAAUAUUCUGGAUGAGACUGUCCUCUCUCACCUUGGCGAUUGCAAUAGUCUAUCUUGUUCUCAUCAUUGUUAGUGUAUUUUCCUCCUCACAGUUUUUCAUCUAUACAAGUACUGUCCAAUUGAAAUGUAUUAUACAAGGCAUAUAUACAGUUUUACCUAUUCUAGUGGCUACAUUUAAAAAUAAAAAUAAACAGGUGGUAUUGAUUAUAAUAAUAUAUUUUAUUUGAUCUAGUUUAUCCAGAAUAUUCUUUCAACUUGUGGUCAUGGUCACAUUUCAAAUGCUCAGUAGACAUGUGGCUAGGGGAUACCAUAUUCACUAAAGUAGCUCUACGCUGCUAGCAGAGUAAAAAUCUCAUCCAGUCUCUGCUUACAUUGCUCCUCUGUUUUCACUUUUUCCGUGACUCCCAUGUCUUACAGGUCAAAAAAAUCUCAGCUUAGUAGUAUCUGCUGUAAGGUGUGAUGUGGUCUGGCCCUUCUCUACUUCCCUCUCUGACCUUUGUACUUUGCACCCUACUAAUACCAAACUAAUGUACUUCCUAGAAAUAUGCUGGGUUAAUCAGCUACAACAGUUCGCGUGGUGUUUCAGCACUUGUUGAUGGAAAUGCAGGCAUCUGGGUGAAAACAUGGUUUUCUUUAUUCUCAGAUCUAUUUAUUUUUAAAUAUGGUGCUCAGAUUUGCACUCUCAUUCUGGAAACAUGGAAAAUAGAUAGUAGUGAGAAUAACCUGAUAUUUUUCACUUAGAAUCAACUCAGGUACCCUAGAGAAACAGAUUCUGUUACUUUUUGUGGAGAAUACUGAGGUUAAAUUGUAUUCUAAGGUUAGCAGUUUAUGCCUGGUAUUUCUUUUUACAAUGUCUGAUGAUACAGUAUGGUAUCAGAGUAUAUCAGAGACAAGCCAGAUGGCCAAUUUUAGACUAGUUUUAGUGCUAACUAAAGGGCUAAUUUUUCUCUCUCAAACUCAACUGUGACUGUUUAUUGUGAAAAUAUUCAAUAGCUGGACAAGCUAAAUUGAUCCAGGAAAACCUAAUUGGGUAUUUCCAUCUUGCAUACCUCUGCUGCUUAUAAUUAAGGAACCCUAGGGAAUAGCUGUUAGUAAAAAUAUUGAUUACAUAUCUGCUGCUUUUUUAAUAGCUGCAUGUUAAUUCAAGAAGUUAAAUUUCAAGGGACUAAAAUUUUAAAGAAAAAAAAUCUGAACCCUAGCACUGGUCCUUUCAUGUCCAUUUAGGUGAAUAGUUUUGCUUCUUUUGCAUUCUGAGUGUUGUUAUCAGUCUGCGUGUGGAGGAUCACACGAUUAGCUUGCUCAUAUUUUGACAAAAGAUCAUUAUCUGGCUGAAGCAUGUUGUAGGAGUCAAUGAAUAUAUAAUAUAUUUCAGAUUCCUUAAAGAUAUUAAAUAUCUAACUUUGAAUGUAGAGGGUAUUUCUUAAUAAAUGUUUAAAAACUCUCAUGGCGGGGCCUUCAUAUGACAACUAAUAAAUAUACCAUUGGAUGGUGUUAACAAAAAGACAUAAUACUGUGAAGUGCCUUCAAAUUUUUUAGAUAUUAUAAUAAAGUAUUAUUUUUUCCUGACAAAUAAAUUAGCAGUGAUUUAAUCAUUUUAUGUUAAUUAAUGUUGCAGAAUAUGCACAGAAGAGUUUUUGAUGGAGGUAUUUUACUAUUUUCUAGUAACUUACUUUUGAUUUUUAUUUAGAUAGUUCAUAAUACUGAAUCGGCUAUGGAGAACAGUUGCCACUUGCAAUGUAUACAUGGAUUUUAUUUUUACCUAAACUUACGUGGAUGUAUGAAAUCUGUUAUUAAUGUUAGAAAAUAAAGUUGUUCAUGAAUGUUAUUUCAUCUAAAAAUUCCAGACUCAAACUGACUUGCUAGUUUUCUUAAUCUUAAAAUGAGUUCUUAUUUACUUGAUGAGCAAAUAGUAGGCAGUUACAUGUUAGACAAUUUUGUUAUUUAGAGUUUGAUAAUAUGUGCCAUUUUAUACUUCUGGAAUUUUCGGAUCUUGAAACUAUAAGCCUUCAGAUAUGUAUCAUUAUUAAUAAUAUAUUAUUAUUUGAGAAAAUGACUGGUAUUUCUAUUUGACUUUCAGCCUGGUUCCUUUCCACUAUAUUCACUUGAUAAGGGAAUUAUUAUUAUUUUUUGGCUCAGUGAAAUAUCAAUAGUACUUUUCUGAGGUGCAGCAAUCUAAUGUGAGAUUGUUUUAAGGUGCCAUAUUAUGAAAUUUCAUUUCACCAUGUAAACAUCUUGACAUAUUUUGCAGUUUUUAAAAUGGCUUUUGAUUAAAUGUCUGUAACAACUAUUAUCCUGCAUAAUACAUAUAUAAUUUAUGUACUCUCAUUGGGUACGUUCCUUGACUGGAAUAUAAAUUUUCAUUUACAUAUCAGUUUGAGUUAUGUUGUAGAAGAGAGGAAGUGAUACUGUACAUGAUAUUUCUUAUCUUUAAUAGGACUUUUUUUUUUUUUUUUUUACCAUAAGGGUUACUUGAAGUUUUCAAUGAUAUUUUAUUGGCAAUUCUGGUCUUCUCUUACAGUGUACAAAUGUCAUGUAUUGUGUUCUUCAAUUAAUAAACAGAUUGUAUUCUACUACUGGAUUAGCCUUUCAGUAAAUGUGUUUCAAAAUGGUCUCAUUAGCCUUUUAAUAAAUAUUAUAAUUGAACAUGCAUAAAUAUGGGAAGGUCUACUGUGUAACAACAUGGUUAUUAUAUGUUUCAAAUUAUCUUGUAUUCUUAUGGAAUUGUAUACCUGUUUCUCAUGCAGAAUAACUACACCGUUAAGAGAGUAUACUAACCUGUUUUUAUGUUUGUAAAGACUGCAAGUCAACUAGGUGGCUUGAAUUAAUCUGAAUUCACCUUCAUGAUAGAGCUGAAGAAAUUGAUACUGCAACUUCUCAUGUAACAAGAAGAUCUCAAGUUUAAUAAGUCUUUGAGCUGAUUCAGACAAUGGAUUUGUUGCUAACAGCUUUUUUGUUAAUAUUGAUGUGAGAAUGCAAUUGGAUAUUAUAAACACUCUUCAGUUCAACUGUUUAGUCAUUAAAAUAAUUUUGAUAUAACAGAUAUUGAUUAAGAAAGGGAUUUUAGAGAUAGAAAGACUUGACUUCAGUUCUCUGAUUUGCCAGUUACAACUACAGCGGUGCCCUUGGGUGAUUAUAACAAUACCUGCUUCAUAGAAUUGCUUUGAAAAAUAAUUUAGAUAAUAAGAUUUAGUAGGUACUAAUAAAUGUGAAGUAUUAUUAUAAAAGUCAUGAACAUUUUUGUCUUAAAUAUAUUUAAAUUUGCUGGAAGUUUUAUCAAUUUUUAUAUUUGUGACAAUUAUAAAAUGUUGACUAACUGGAUUAUAAGUAUGCU